CAGCCUGGACGAUGAGUACAUGAGGAACUGACGGUGUGAGGGUUCACUGUCAACACCACUGAAGGAAAUAUCAACCAUGUCGGCUGUGUUUUACCUCUCUCUUCUCUCUGUGAGCCUGCUCACCGGCGCCGCUGGAGCAGAGCUGGUCCCGCCUCUGAACGUCGCCAUGGUUACCUUGAACACCAACUACGCUCUGAAGUGGGACUGGGACCAGAGCGCUGCCGAGGGACACGACGCCACCUUCACCACACAAUAUGUGGGGAUGUACAAGCUGAAGAUGAAGAAUCACGCCAAGAGCUGGAUCACAGUGUGUGAGAAUACGGCACACAUGUCAUGUGACCUCACCACGGUCGGCAUGGAGUACCUGGGCAUGUACAUGAUCCGCGUACGAGCCAACGUGAACGGGAAUCACUCCGACUGGGUGAUGAUACCAUUCGGCCCUGACAAAGAUGCUGCUCUGGGUCCUCCAACCAAAGUGGACCUCGCCACCUCUGGAAGUGGCCUGGACGUUUACAUCACGGACCCUCUGACCAGCACUAACAGCUCCAUGAGGGACCAUAUUGACAAUUUGUCCUUCCACAUCCUCUACUGGGAACGCACUGAAGACACACAGGCCUUAAGAACCCUCUUGUUGCCCACCAAUACCAAUGUGGUGACGCUGCCAGACUUGAAGGCCUGGACGUGGUACUGCGUGAGCGUGCGGUCACACUACCACUUCUACAACAAGAACAGCAGCUUCACUUCGCCCCAAUGCUUGCAGACCGAAGGUCCUGUCCCGUGGUGGAUCAUCUUCUUGAGCUUCCUGGGCUCUCUGGUGAUGUUUUUCCUGCUCGUGCUGCUCUCGCUGUACGUCUUCAUUCGGUGCUUCAAGACCGUCAAGUCAACAUUUUUCCCCUCCAGCCAGCUGCCCAAACACUUCCAGGAGUAUUUCUGUGACUCUCCAGGCUCGGACAUCCCUCGUCUUCUCACCCCGGAUUCAGAAGGCGAGUUACUGUGUCACAAAGUGUCCAUCUGUCCAGAACCGGUGUUCCUGGAGAUCCAUGACCCCCCUCCCGAGGCCCUGCUGGAGCCUGCGUCCGGCCUGGAGCCGGAUAGCAGCGGCAGACACAGCCGUCAGGGCAGCAGCGGCAGCGGAGACUCCGGCGUUUACUCCACAGAGGGCGGCUCCGGCCAGCGGCACCCCAACAGCGCUCAGUCCUCCUCGGGGGCCGAAGACUCCUGGCAGGGCCCCAUUAAACCGAACCAGGUGAAGAUGCUGGACAUGGCUCCAGAUCUCAAGAGUCAACGUCCGAUCGGAGACGAGCUCAUCGUAGACGUGUGUGUCUGAAAGCAGAACGGAGGGAAAAAAAGAGACUUUUAGAAGCUGUAAUCAUGAGGUUUGUAGAAAAUGUGCAGGGUGCCUUUUUUUUGUCCUGCUGUCAUUGAUAGCAGAGGAAGGAAUUAUCAUGUGCGCUAUAAAACUGAAUUACUACUAUGGAGAAAAAAAGGACCAAAACUAAAACCAUCUACUGUGAUGCCACUCAGUGUCUCCAGGAAGUAGGAAGUUCUGUUAAAGCUGAUUUUAAAUGCGUGGUGCAUUCCUGAACUUGACCGACAGGAUACGAUUUUAUCUUUGUGGCGCUGUGAACUAAUCGUGGUCUUUAAUAGUCGAAUCAUUCCAUCGUUUUAAAAACCUAACUCACUCCACAGCGCGGUGUCGACACCACCGAUUGUUCUGUAAAAGCUCUGCUGUGGUUUCAGAGGUGCUUUUUAAAGCAGCGUAGGAGGAACACACAGCAUGUCUGAACUCUGUUAUACAACUUACUUAAUGACCCGUAACCUGGAGCUUCACAUGACCUGAAGCGUUGAGCAGUUUUAGGGGUGCAGGUGAUCGGUCCGGUCGGGAAGGCUCCAGUGUAUGUGUUUCAAAUCUUGAUUCAAUACGAUCUGCUGAAAGGUGCCAAAAUGUAUCUUGUCUUAGACUAUACGAAAGAUUUAAAACGCCAAAAUAAAUCCAGUUCGAACAAUUAAAUAAAGUGGAAUGCAAUUCAAGUUGCUAUUCAUAUGUAUUUCCUUUGUAGGUAUGCAUUUACUGUCAUAAUUAAAUUAAAAGGAUUAUUAUUUACAUUUAUGAGAGGUAUGUUACCUCUUUGGCGUGAGCUACUAAUACCAAAUAUUAGUCAUUAGUUUUUAUGACAAAAAAACUUUUGCCCAUAAAUGAGCAGCCAUGUUGAGAUGAGUAGCAGUACCUGUUGCUUUUCCUGCACUUUUUUCUCUUGUUUAAAUAUACUGACACACUGAAGCAGAACUGGACCCUUCCUGACCCGAUAAGACCCAAUAUAACCUGGACCUGACUUAACUCCGGUCCGGUGUCCCCCUCCCCUGUAACUGUGAGUGGGAACUGUUAAAACCGCAGGUCACAUGACCUACUGAGACCCAUUUAGUGAUAGUAACGACCAUGACCAUGAGACAGUGACUAAAACAUGAGACAUCAGGAUGUUUGUUUGUUUUUUCCCAGUCAGACAGAGGAAGCAUUAAGUCCACCUGAUACAGGAUGGAUCUGACUGGACUCGGUCAUUGUUUAAACUGGUUCGUGGCAGCCGGCCAAAAAACUGUGAGAGGCUUUGGUGUCAAACUUGUUGAGUGUCGUGUCUUUUGUUCUUUCGGAAACUAACACGUGUGUUCUUACCCAUUAAACUACUGAUACAGUUACAGGUACUUUACCGUAGCUGUGUGGCAUGAAAACCUUAUAAUAGUUGCAGUAUGUGCUUUGAGGCUAAAGAUUUUUCUUUUGAGUACAUUUUGUAGCUUUUUUUUCUAAAGCCCCACUUCAUAUCUCAUGUUCAAAGACUCACGUGGGCCUUUUGAACACUUGUCUGCAGCAACACCUCCCACCACUGAGGUUUUUAGAGAGUACAAACAUCUGAAAAUGACCUUUAUGUUAACAUAGAUGACAUUAUGACAAGGGGGAAAAAAAGACUCAAAGCGGAUAAUAUGAAAAACAGUAAGGAAAAGGAUUAGUUUACCCUAGUUUCACAGGGUUACAAAUAAAUAAAUAAAUUAGAAACUUAAAAUAAUCUUAAAUACUGCAAUAGGUAAUGUGUCUUGAGCUGUCAGGAGGCGUCUAAUAUCUAUAAAGUAAAAGUAGAAUUAGAGUCUCAUAAUGGACCAGCGUCAUUUUUAGCAUAAAUGUUUUUAUGAAUUGGUUCAUCCAUCCAUCCAUUUAUAAUCUGCUAUUUAUCAAGAGUCCACUUUAAUUUAAUUGUUUUUGUCAGGAAUAAUUGUUUCAUAUUGGAAAAUACUGAAACAAAUGUGAUAUAAUUAUAGUAAAUUACCGUCCCCGCCGGUUUUCAUUCUUUCAUACUUCGGCUGAUAUGAUGGUGAAAGUGGUGUUAAAUUACGUUCUGUGUGGUCAUAAAAUGGCCUUGAAGAGUUUUAAAAGUCUCCCUCCAGUCGAAAAUAUGUUCUUCUUCAGUUGUACUCGUGUAACUACGAGCAGGAUUCAUGAUAUCACAACUAUCCUAACGCUUCUUCAUCCAAUCAUGAAAAUACUGUGUGUACAUAUAUAUAUAUACAAUAUACUCUAUGCCAUCUGUUUUUAGGCAGUGCUGGUCGUUGCCAGUCAAGUGUAAAACCUAGUCACAUACACAUUUUUAAUAAUGCUGAUCAUUUUUGCUUAAAAAAAAAAGAAUAAUAAUGUGUUGGUUAGAAGAACUGGAAAUGGAGAAAUCUACUGUAAAAAAAACUUGCGGAAAUGUCUGCAGUGCUUAACAUUACAGCUCCGUAAAUAAAAGGUAACUGUUGGGUAAUAUUCUGAUAAUAAAGAGGUGAUAAUAAAGUAAUAGCUUGAUAGAUGUAACAUCACAUAGAAAACACAUCUCUCUGUCUAUCAAUGGAAAAAACUUAUAACAAUAUUAUAAUAAGAAUACGCUUUCAGUGCAUAAAGUACCAGUAGAUGUGCCCUGCAGUAUUUGAAACAACACCUAAAAUAAUUAUAAUAAUGAUAAUGAAAAAAACCUGUCUACACAGUGCACAGUCUAAAAUACACCCACAAACAUUACUUCAGCACCUUAAACAGUUGGUGUAUGUCAGUAAUAUUACAGAGAAAUGAUUGUAACAAGGUAAUGAGUCAAAAAAACAAAAGGCAAUAAUAAGGAAACACAUCUAUAGAUAAUAAAGAGGCUACUAACUAAAACUACAUUAAAGGACCAUUGUGUAGGAUUUUGUGACAUCUAGUGGUGAGCUGUCAAACUACAACGAAAAAUACAAAA